AUGAUGCACACUUAUCAUAACAUGGAGAACUGGUUGACGGUCGACAACCCAACAGUCGACGCCGUCCUGGCCAGCACCAUGUUGGACUGCGAAGCCAGUUCCGACAUGUGGUGCGGCAGUUAUGCUCGAGGCCUAUACACAGCGCAGGGGCCGUACCCCGAACCUGCCCUGCAGCUCGUGCCGGAAGAGGAUCUCGUUUUGGAAAUUCGGCGAGGCAGACAUGACGGCGAAGUCGACAGUCUCAUCAUCAGCCGCCGCUCCGUGCCCGCUGACUGGAAUAUCAUGGGCUACGACAGCCAGCAUCGAUGCUACGUUUUCCGAGCUGCGCCUCCUCAAGCAGUGGCUCGGCUUUCUCACCGGCUACUUUCGUCACCAGCUCAUCGUCUUCGCCCUCGUUCGACAAGACGGUAA